GUGACAUUUCAUAAGGCAUGCAUAACGCAAAUCCUUUGGAAUGAGUGUAACUAGGUUCUGGUCUGAAGUCCAUUGGAAAUUGGACACAAGGUAACUAAUCAGAAAGUUGCUUGAUUUUGUCCGCUACCCCUUCUCUCCGAGCUUUAGUAGUUGUAAUGUCAUCAAAUCCGUACAUUGCUGCGGGUGACUUGCGUCAGAAAGUAACAGGCCUUCGACGUCAACUCAGUCACCCACAUCUGAACAAAUUCAAGGAGGCUAAAAAGGAAAUAGGCAGUAUAUAUGAUGAAAUUUUGAGUUAUGUGUCCGACUGUCAUAGAUUUACUGAGGAACAAAGUCAAGAAGAGAAAUUCUCCAGACUAAUUGGAGAAGGCACGUUUUUAGAAGUUGAUCACCAACUACAGAAAAUUCGCAAUAUUCAAGAAAUAAUUGCCCGUAACCAAAUGAAAUGUGCAUUUUUUGGGAGAACGUCAAAUGGUAAAAGUACUGUGAUAAAUGCAAUGCUGGGCUCAAAAUUAUUACCUUCUGGUUUGGGCCAUACUACCAGUUGUUUCCUGCAGAUCCAAGGCACUGAUCAAGAAACAGGAUACCUUCUUAUGGCAGAAUCUGGAACUGCUAGCAGCGAAUCGUCCGACAUUCCCAACCAGGCUCGUCCUAUCGAUUCUGUUGGUCAGUUGGCUCAUGCACUCAGUAGUGUUAAACUUUCUGCGGACACGCUGUUGAAGAUAUUUUGGCCCAACUCACAUUGCAGACUACUUCGUGAAGAUGUUGUUCUUUUGGAUAGUCCCGGUAUUAAUGUAGAUCCCGAUAUGGAUAAGUGGAUCGAUCUUCAUUGCUUGGAUGCAGAUGUUUUUAUUCUCGUUGCCAAUGCCGAGUCAACAUUGAUGCAAGCUGAGAAGGAUUUCUUUCACAAAGUUAGUCAGAAGUUAUCCAAGCCUAACAUUUUUAUUAUUAAUAAUCGUUGGGAUGCUUCAGCAAAUGAAAUAGAAUACGUAAACGAGGUUCGUGAACAACAUCUUCAGCGUUGUGUAGCAUUCCUUGUGGAUGAGUUGAAAGUUUGUUCACGUGCAGAAGCAGAAGGACAUGUGUUCUUUGUUUCGGCACGCGAAGCAUUAGCAAUGCGAACGAAAGCUAAUUUAGGUGAAAGCCCUCAUUCAGCUCCUCCUGGGGCAGCCACAAGCAUAGGAUCUCCUUUACCAGCAGUGGCCUAUAUGGCUGAAGGAUGGAAAGACAGGCUUAUAGAAUUUCAGAAUUUCGAAGCAGUUUUCGAGAAAAAUCUUUCAGAGUCUGCUACCCGAACUAAAUUUGCUGCUCAUUCUGAACAAGGUAAAGAUGUGGUGAAUAGAUUUCGAACAAUAAUGGAAACCAUCUAUGAAACUACCGUUGAAGAAAAAGAUGCUGCUGUUCGAUGUCGUCGUCUGUCCCAAGCACAUUUAGAAGAAGUACGAGCUCGAUUGAUGAAGGUAACUCAGGCUGUGGAUGAAAUGCUACAUGCUAGUUUAGCUCGCGUUGAAGCUCAAGUUGCCAGUGCUUUAAAUUCAGAGAUUCGACGCCUAAGUGAACUUGUUGACAGUUAUUCACGUCCUUUCCAUCCAGAUCCGGCUUUAUUACACGUAUACAAGCGAGAACUAAACACGCAUGUUGAGCGUGAAUUGGGUCGUAAACUUACUGAAGCUUGUUCUAGUGAUAUUCUCAAUGAAGUUGCCAGGUGUGAACAAUUAAUGAUGAAUAAGCAUGCUGCAAUUGUUUCAGAUGAAGCCUGUAAAAGUCGCAUCCUUCAAUUAGUGGAUCCUACUGCAUUUUCUCCUGAAUUUCAUGUUGACUGUCGUAAUCUUUGCGCUAAUUUUCGUGAAGAUAUACAGUUUCGUUUUUCUCUUGGUUUGGGUACAUUAUUUCAAAGGCUAUCAACUCCACGUCGUUCAGCAACUGGCUAUCACUGGACGCAAUCUGAAGGGAUUUCUUCUAGUUUUGUUAAUUCAUCUCUAUUGGCCAGAUCUCCGCUGACUAUUGAUUUAUUCCCAUCGCUAAUGAGUCGAAGCUCUGUUGGAGCGGUUAUUCUCUUGGGAAUUCUAUCAAAAGCUGUUGGAUGGCGUGUUCUAGCUGUUGCAUCUGGUAUAUACGGUGGUCUUUAUCUUUACGAACGUCUUUCUUGGACAAAUAAAGCGAAAGAAGCAGCUUUUAAACGUCAAUAUGUCGAUUUUGCUUCACAUAAAUUACGUCUAAUCGUUGACCUGACCAGUACAAAUGCACGUCAUCAAGCUAAAAGAGAAUUACAUUUGGCUCAUAAAAAAUUAUCCAAUGAAGUGGAACUUUUUGGUGAUAGUCUUGUUGAAGAAGUAAAACAAUUGGAUAAUGAUAUCAGCCGUUUAGAUUUAAUAACUGCAGAUGCAAAGAAAUUGAAAAACCGGGCUAAUUAUUUGGCUUCUAAAUUAUCGAAAUUCCACGAAACGUUUAUUCUAAAUCCAUGGGAUGAAGCUAAUUAACAAAAAAAAGAAAAAUACUGUACUCAGUUUAAUUUCGUCAGUUGAAACUACUUACUUGCUCGGAGAAGGAACAAAAAUAUAUCUGAGAGAUAAUUAGAAGCUUGUCAAAAGUUUACUAACUACUUAGCUUUAUUAUCUGAGUAGUAUAAUGUAUAUUUCGCUAUUUUUUUCUCUCUCUCUGAAAUGUGAUCAUUAGUUCUAUUUAUAAUGACUUUCGCAGUUGAAUUACCGCACACCUUUUCUUGUUUCCUUAUUUGUAUGCACAAAAACUAUCAGUUAACGUAGAAAACAAAAUACUUUCAGAGUUUGGAAAAAAAUGUGAAUGCAAUAUACGUCCUACUUCUCUUCAGCUUAAUAUUUACAAAUAUAUACUUUUUAUUUUUGCGAAUACAGAUUUAUGCCUAAAUGGUUAUAUGAUGUAUGUGUUUGUCAACACAGUGGAUCGCUAGACGAAUGUUCUGUUAUCACAUUACUACUUUGUUAUUUUUCUUUCUUCUUAUUGUUGUUGUUCUUACUGCUGUCAGCCAUGUCAUGAUUAUUUUUUGCAAGUUUUCCAAGACAAGACCAUAACGAUUUACUUUUUGUACUUCAGCUUAAAAGCAUAAUUUCAUUUAGUCAAUAAAUGAGUAUUAUUUCCUCUUCCUC